AUGUUCAUCACGAUUCGAAUUCAAAACUUCCGAUUCCCAGUCCUAGAGCCGUUUUGGGCAGCUGAACAUACGGCCAAUCUAUGGACUAAAUUGUUCCCAUCAUAUGCUACCUUCACUGCUGCUCAAAACCGACCACUUCCUCGUGUCGGAAACACCGAGCAGUACGAUUUCGACGCAAUUUCCCUACAAUUCCACCUUGAUCCCAAUUGA